CACGAAAAUAUACCAACCGAUGGAGAAGGGAUGAGAGGUUAUAAAUUUGUCUGUGCCCCAGGGAGCUCUCCCUCCUUUCUUUUCUACUGCAAGAAAGCGAGCCUUCUCCUCGUCCUGCUGUUCUCCUUCCGAGCUUUGAGGGCCGCAUAAUUUGGGGAAGGGUAUCUGUCCCUGAGAGCUAGGAGUUAAGGUUCCGUCCGUGGAAAUAGGAGGAGGAGAGAGGGAGAUGGGGGAGGAGGAGACGACGAAGACGGAGGCCUCGGCGGAGGCCGUAAAGGAUGGCCCGGAGGAGAAGGCGUUGGCUCAGCCACCUCCGGAGGAGAAGGCGUUGGCUCAGCCGCCUCCAGAGGAGAAGCCCGACGAAUCCAAGGCUCUCGUUGUCGUGGAGAAGGUUGCAGAUUCUCCUCCACCUGAGAAAAGCUCAGCAGGUUCCACUAACAGAGAUGCUGUUCUUGCACGGGUAGCAACUGAGAAGAAAAUGUCUUUGAUCAAGGCAUGGGAGGAGAGUGAAAAAACCAAAGCUGAGAAUAAAGCUCAGAAGAAGAUGUCAUCCAUUGUUUCAUGGGAGAACACAAAGAAGGCAGCAGUGGAAGCUGAGUUGAAAAAAAUUGAGGAAGCACUUGAGAUGAAGAAGGCGGAAUAUUCAGAAAAAAUGAAGAACAAAAUCGCCAUGAUCCACAAGGCAGCAGAAGAGAAGAGAGCAAUUGUUGAGGCCAAGCGCGGAGAGGAGAUCUUAAAGGCAGAGGAAUCAGCUGCAAAAUAUCGCGCCACAGGACUUUAUCCAAAGAAGGUAUGUGGGUGCUUCAGCGCCUAGAUUUGAGCACAAUGGAAGGUUAGUGGAUCAGCGGAAGCGUCAUCUAGGUGCUGUUUUUCCUCAUCUGUGCUUGCGUUGGUGUUUUGUGGAGUUCUAGAUGAAGUUUCAAUCCAGAUUUCAGUAUAUGUGUGUGUGUGAUAUGCCUGUAUAUAGAUGAUCCAUCCAACAACAAAAUGUCCCGGUGAUGUAUCUAUAUUCUUUCAGCUCACAAUGUAAAGAUUAUUCAACUAUGGAUAAUCCUUCUCCAAUAGCUGGUUGUGAAAGGCAUGCUGCUGGUUUGCGACAAUCUUAGUAUCAUGACAUACAACAAUCUACUUGCUGAAAUGUAAUCCCAGAAGUUACAGCACAA